CAUGCAUCUCUACUCAGACACAUAGCCCAACCUUUUUUUUUUUUUUUUAAGUACUGUAUGUAAACAUUUUCUCCUCCUAUUGGACCCUGAAACCUAAAGAAUGGCCAUGGAAGCUGUUCAAGCAAGCUCAAGAAAUAGCAUGGAGACAAAUUCAAGCCCCAGGAUUUCAUUCUCAGCUGAUCUUCUUGAUGAAACCAACUUCAUAUCCAUCAACCCACAUUCUCAAACCGACGACGCAGACAAGGACAAAGACAAAACGGCAACAGCAAGGGUUGCUGUUGCAGAUUUUGAGUUCCUUUCAAGCAAUGUGAGCAGCCAUGCCAUGUUGACAGCCGAUGAGCUUUUCUUUGAAGGGAAACUGCUUCCCUUUUGGCAAAUGCAUCAUUCCGAGAAGCUCAAACAAAUCAACCUAAGAAAAGAAAGCGGCGGUGAUGGCGAGGGCGAUGGUGAUGACGAUGAGCGUGAAGUGGUGGAAAACAAGGAGGAGAGUAGUAGGGUGAGUUGGUUUGUUGAUGAUGACCCGUCACCGAGACCACCGAAAUGUACGGUGUUGUGGAAAGAGUUGCUGAGGUUGAAGAAACAACGGGCGACGUCAUCGUUGUCACCGUCGUCGUCUUCGUCAUCGUCGUCGUCGAGCUCGUUGGCCGAUGUAGCCGAAGAAGGGAAACAAGGAUCAGGGAAUAGAGAUAAUAAGCAUGUGAAGAGGAUAAAGAAAGGGUUGGAAAGAACAAGAUCAGCAAGUAUUAGGAUCAGGCCAAUGAUUAAUGUGCCUAUUUGCACACAAGUCAAAAGCAGUGCAUUGCCUCCUCUGUUUCCACUCAAGAAAGGAAGAAUAUUAGAAAGGUGAAGGGAACAAAACAACCGAAUCCAAUCGAGUCGUAUCUGAAAUUUUUAGGUUCUUUCAACAUGUUACAUCUGUUUUUAAUUUUUCAAUUUUUGUUGGGUUUUUAUUAUUUAUUUAUGUUUUUUAGAUAAGAUCUUGAAAUAUGAUGGAUGGAAGAUUCAGGUGUAUUACAAUGUAAAUGUUGACUAUCAACAAAAAAAAAAAAAAACUCUAAUUUACUCUCUUUCUUAAA